AUGAUUAUGUUUUCAACCAGAGGUGUUGUGGUGUUUCAUUACUUCGGCGCAUGUCUGAUGUCUUUGUGCUGUUGCCAGUUAUUGGAGAUCACCGAGGCGUAUGGAAUUGUGAAAGUUUCCCCAGCAAACUACAGCGCGUUUCAAACGUCUCGCAUAGAGGAUCCGGGGUUGUUCGUUCCUGCCGUGCACAUGACCAUUGCUGAGGAUAAAAAAGUGGACAGGGAAGCGCUGGCUCAGUAUGUUAAAAACGUUAACUGCAUCGUCGAGUCUCCAGACAGUGGCCUGGUCAUGACCAAGCCGUUAAAGUAUGUGCCGUCGCAGCGUUGA